CCGCAAUAACGGCAGUUCUCUCGGUGGCAGCUGUGCGGCGACUCGUCUCAGGUCUGAGCGUUCCAUCUGAUGAACAGCUCGUUAGAUGAGGAAGGAACUUUCAGGCCUCAAAAUUCUAAUUCGCACACCAGUGCUGGCGGAGCCAGCUAAAGAUGUCAUGAGCGUAGCCAACUGCAGGCAGACUACUUCCUGUUAACGCCUCAGUAACAGGCUCAGAGGGCCAGGGAGGCCGUACAGGCGGUUUCUGUUCUGACGUUUCAGAUGCAGUCCACGCUCUCCCGGGGAUUAAAAAAUAACAGCAUUUCAUCGGCGAUAUCAUGGCUACUGCCCUCUGCUGGUGGAACUGGGUGAUGCUGUGUCUCCUGCUCAGACAUGUUGGGUGUGGAUGGAAGCAUCCAUUUCCCUGUGAAAUCGUAGACUACAAUUCCACAAUCAAAUUUGAUUGCUACGGGCUUAGGCUGCGGGAAGUGCCUACGUGGAUCGCUCGGAACGCCACGGAGAUUUGUCUUGGCGAAAACCGUAUCAAAAACAUAUCUGCCAAAGCGUUCGAUGGACUGUGGAACCUGACGCGUCUCAAUCUCAACUGGGCGAACGACAAUCGUGCGGUGCAAAUCGCCGAUGGGGCGUUCUCGCAUCUAGCAAACCUUCAGGAGCUGAACCUCUGCGGUAUCGUUCUUCAGAAUGUUCCAGAAAACCUUCCUCGGGGACUGAAAGUGCUGCACCUCCGUAACAACAGAAUUACAUCGGUCAGCCGAGAAACCUUCUCUGAGCUUAAGAAUAUUAAUGAACUGGACUUGUCCAAAAACUGUUAUUACUGGAACCGUUGCGGCAAGGAGUACGAUGCUGGAAAUCGGAGCUUCUCGGACCUAACCGAGUUAAACAAUUUGAACUUGGCCUAUAAUAACUUAAGUAGUGUUCCAGAAGAACUACCAAGCUCUCUACACACCCUGAACCUCGGCUUUAACCGCAUAAGGCUGAUUACUAGUGAGGACUUCAGACGGCUGACCAACCUGAACGUUCUCCUGCUCCUGGGAAAUUGCCAACGAUGUCACAAUUCACCUUAUCCGUGUGAGCCUUGCGAAAACAUUGAGAUUCAUGACCGGGCCUUUCACUCUCUCACUAAACUAGAGACACUGAGCCUUGCAGGGAACUCUCUCAGGAUAAUAAAAAAAUCCUGGUUUGCAAGUUUGAGAAAUCUAAAAAUUCUGGGCCUCUCAUUUAACUUUUUAUCUGACACUAUUUCUACGGGUGGCUUUCUGGAUAAUUUACCGCAUCUGGAGUUAAUUGACCUGUCCUACAACUAUGCGCUGAAGGAGUAUCCCUCAACACGCAAGCUUUCAGCAGAUUUUUCUAAAUUAGUGUCUCUUAGGAUACUACAUCUACAGGGUUAUGUGUUUAAAGAAAUUUGCCAUGAUACUUUGAGUCCCCUGUCAGGCCUAAGAAAUCUCACUGUGUUGGAUUUGGGGACAAAUUUCAUCGUCCAUGCAGAUUCCGCUGUGUUUAAAAAAUUUGGAAAUGUCAAACUAAUAUAUCUGUCGGAAAACAGACUCUAUCCCACGACCAACAGUUCCCACGAAGACCGGUGCAGGAAGCUAUACGGAGACAAUGGCAUGGACGUCGGUCUUAAUCCAGGCCCCUACGUGAACCCUCUCUUGACAGGACCUGGCGAGAAACACAAAAUGGAUGACAGGUAUUCGCUAACGCGUGCUCUCGUGAAGGACGAAUGCUUCGCUUCGGGUCGAGUUCUGGAUCUCAGCUCCAACAACAUCUUCUUCAUCUCCCCAGUGCAAUUUGUGGAUUUUGAGAACAUCUCCUGCUUGAACCUUUCCAGGAAUGGCUUUGCAGCAGCUCUGAACGGAACUGAAUUCCUUCCUUUGUCGAACCUGAAGUACCUGGACCUGUCCUACAACAAGAUAGACCUGGCCUAUGACGGAGCCUUCUCUGAGCUAAAAAAACUGGAGGUGCUGGACCUGAGCUACAACCCUCAUUAUUUCAUUGUGUCUGGUGUGACGCACAAUUUCAAUUUUUUGGAGAAUCUGCCUUCUUUGAAAGUGCUCAAUCUGAGCAAUAAUAAUAUCUUCACUUUAACCAAUAAGACUAUGACAAGCAAUUCUCUUACAGAGCUGCAGUUCCACGACAAUCGCCUGGGAAUAUUAUGGAAAGUGAAUGAUGGCUCCUAUGACAAUCUUUUCAAAUAUCUGGUGAACCUGUCAUAUCUUGACAUAUCUCACAACGGCAUUAAAAAUAUUCCACAGAAAAUCAUGGAAAACCUACCAAAAAACAUAACUAAACUGUGUUUAGGCUACAAUUCAAUAGACGAUUUUGGAUGGCAUAAACUGACGUUGUUUCCCAACCUUCAGUUUCUAGACCUGAGCCACAAUCUCAUCGCAGAGGUGCCCGCGAAUCUUUCGGGCUUGUCGAAAAUGCUCGAGACGCUCGACCUGAGUCACAACAGAAUCGCGCGGCUGCCGGACGGCUUCCUGAGAGGCGCGGGGAACGUCCACGUGCUCGACCUCUCCUACAACCUGCUGAUCCACGUCAACAGGUCCGCCUGCGAGACCGCGCAGACGAACUACACCCAGGUGCUGCGUCUGGGCGGAAACCCGUUCCACUGCAUGUGCGACACCCUGGACUUCAUCCUGUGGCUGCGGAUGUCCAGGGACGUGAAGAUCCCCCGCCUGGCGAAGGUGGUCAACUGCGCCCUGCCGCCCGAGUGGCGGGGGAAGAGCGUGAUCGACUUCGACAUAACGCAGUGCAUAGACGACAGCGUAGCCUUCCUCUUCUACUUCCUGUCCGCCACCGUCGUCAUCCUCACCACGGUGUCGGCCGUCACCAUGCACCUCUUCUACUGGGACGCCUCCUAUGCCCUGCGCUACUGGAGGGCCCGGCUGAGGGGCUACCGCCGGCUGGAGUCGGGCGCCAACGACUACGACGCCUUCGUGGCGUACGACGCCGCGGACCCCCACGUCUCCGAGUGGGUGCUGAACAGCCUGCGGGCGGAGCUGGAGGAGCGGGGGGACCGGCUGCACCCCGUCUGCCUGGAGGAGCGGGACUGGACGCCGGGCACGCCCGUGCUGGACAACCUGAGCCGCAGCGUCGGGCGCAGCCGCAAGACGGUGUUCGUGCUGACCGAGCGCUACGCGCGCAGCGGCGCCUUCCGCAUGGCGGCGUACCUGGCGCACCAGCGGCUGCUGGAGGAGAACGAGGACGUGAUCGUGCUGCUGCUGCUGGAGCCCGUGCUGCGGCACUCGCGCUUCCUGCGGCUGCGCCGGCGCCUCUGCGGCCCCAGCGUGCUGGACUGGCCCCGGAACCCCGCCGCGCAGCGCUGGUUCUGGCAGUGCCUGCGGAACGCCAUCCGCGUGGACAACCAGGCCAUGUACAGCAAGGAGUACUCCCGCUACUUCACCAGCAGCAAGUGAAUCCGGCUUUACACAUGCACACGCACACGGACAUGCACAUGCACACACACGCACACAUGCACAUGCACAUGCACAUGCACUC